CUGACAGAACUCGGUGCGAUAUAAUUAGUGCCACACGAAUUUCCCUUUUUUACACCUUUUUCCUUACCUGCAAAUUCCCUCUUUCUAUACCUAGCCGGCUCCAUUGACAAAUAUCAGGAUGGCCAAGAAUUCCGCCGUCGUUGUGCGUGUAGCCAACGGGAACCAGCCGAGUCUGUCGCAGGAGAAUAUUGCAAUUCCUUCUCCGGAAGCGAAUCAGGUGCUUGUUAAAGUAUCGCAUGUGGCGCAGAACCCGACCGAUGUACAAGCCUUUGACAGCAAUGCUUUUGGCGAUGGGGCUGUUCUAGGAUGCGACUUCGUGGGAGAAGUUGUCGAGUUAGGAAGCCAAGUCACACGAUUUGCCAAGGGUGAUAUUGUGGCUGGCUUGAUCUGGGGAGGCGAAAUUCCCGGUUUGGGUGCAUACAGUCAUUACUGCGUGGCCGAUGACAAGAUAUCAUUCUGUCUACCUCGUUCGAUCUUGCGUGAGCAGGCGAGCACUGUUCCGUUAGCCGCCGCCACUGCUUGGCUUGCCCUAUUUUCUAAAACCUGCCUGGGGAUCGAGAGGGUCGGUGCUAAGGGCACCAGCAUUCUGGUGUGGGGCGGUAGCUCGAGCGUGGGCCAGUAUGCUAUUCAACUCGCUUCCAUGUAUCGCAUAAACGUUGUGACAACCUGCAGCCCGAAGCAUUUUGAGUUGGCUCGCUCACUCGGCGCUAAACAUGUUUUUGACUACAAGGAUCAAGAUAUCAUCCAAAAGAUCCAGGCAUCUGAGCCAGGAAUAUUACAUGUUUUCGACACGAUCGGGAACCCAACUUCAUCUACAAUUGCCUCUCGUGUUUUCAAAAGCGGAGCCGGGCAUCUGUGCACUGUACGCCCGGGCAAGGCCAACACAGAAAAUGUCGCUCCUGGAACAAAUGUUACAGACGUGCUGGUAUGGACUGCCUUCUUAAAAGAUCACAGCUACGGUGAUUUCAAAUGGCCUGCUUCAAAGGAUGAUCAUGAGCUUGCCAGUGAGCUUUUUGAGAAGCUCCCUGCGUGGUUGGAUGAUAGAACUCUCCGGCCCAACCAGCCACAGUCCCGAAAGGGGCUGAACAGCGUGCCCGAAGGAUUCCAGGAACACAGAGACGGGAAGGUCUCGGCCUUUAAGAUUGUCUAUGAAAUCUGAGCUGCGAAAGGCACAAUCCACCGUAUCACUCCGGGAGGGUGUUGAUCCAAAUUUUAUUUGGCGUAAAAUACAACAUGUGGGACGAGCCACAGGGCAAAAGACAAAUAAACUUAGUUCUGAAUCGUGAAGUCUCUUAGGCACCCACAAUAUUAGAAGAACUCUUGUCGAGACAUGGAGCGGUAACUUACCACCUAGACAGGGGUUAUACUGAG